AUAUGACGAAGCAAAAAAGGGGCACAACUUAUGGAAAUGUAAUUUGGUGAGAGGUGGUCCAAAAAAUAUAAAAAUCCGAUCAGUUGAGUUGAGUUGAAUUUUGGCCAUUCCAACAAGGGGUCGGUGUUCCCGAGAAAAAGCACCCUCCCAAUUCAAUUCAAAACAAACACACACACUUGAAUUCGCAAAUCAGAGAAGAAUUUAGAGUGAUGGUGUCGUACAUGAACGUGUUGUUGUACGGAGUGGGAGGGUUAGUGGUGGCCGGAAUGGCGCUGCUAGUGGCGUUUCAGGAGAAGCUUGUCUACGUGCCGGUGCUGCCUGGCCUCUCCAAGGCUUACGCCAUCACUCCCUCGCGACUCAGCCUCACCUACGAGGACAUCUGGCUCACCUCCUCCGACGGCGUUCGCCUCCACGCCUGGUUCAUCAAGCUCUUCCCUAACUGCCGAGGGCCUACCAUUUUAUUUUUUCAAGAAAAUGCUGGAAAUAUUGCUCAUCGUCUUGAAAUGGUUCGCAUAAUGUUACAGCAGUUACAAUGCAAUGUUUUCAUGCUUUCCUACCGAGGCUAUGGAGCAAGUGAUGGCUAUCCUUCUCAGCAUGGAAUUACUAAGGAUGCUCAGGCUGCACUGGAUCAUCUUUGUCAAAGGUCUGACAUUGAUACAUCUAGAAUAGUUGUAUUUGGAAGAUCACUUGGGGGUGCAGUUGGAGCUGUACUAACAAAGAAUAACCCUGACAAGGUUGCUGCACUGAUACUGGAAAAUACUUUCACAUCUAUUUUGGAUAUGGCUGGUGUUUUAUUACCUUUUCUGAAAUGGUUUAUUGGCGGCAGUAGUUCAAAAGGCAAGAUACUCAAUUUUCUUGUACGUUCUCCAUGGAGCACUAUUGAUGUUGUUGGUCAGAUCAAGCAGCCCAUUCUUUUUCUCUCCGGAUUGCAAGAUGAGAUGGUCCCCCCAUCACAUAUGCAAAUGCUUUAUGCAAAGGCAGCUACUCGUAAUAAUCGAUGUCUUUUUGUGGAAUUUCCUACCGGAAUGCAUAUGGAUACUUGGCUUGCUGGUGGUGAUCAAUAUUGGAGAACAAUUCAGCAGUUUCUAGAACAGCAUGCCCCAGUGAAAAAGGAAGUUGAAUCGUCCCAAAAUGAAAAUGAUAUUGGGCCGAGGUGAUUGGCUGGCAUUAGAUUAUUUCAAUGAUACUAAUUGGCUAACUAAGGAUUCAAACAGUUUAUGCCCUUUGAAGUUGCAGCCCUUAAGAGCUCUCUGUGAGAAACUGUUU